AUGCCAAAGCGCAAGCUCUCCGAGCUAAACGGUCCAUCGCGACUCGACACCCGCAAAUUAACGAUCAAGGCCGUCCGGCUUACCACCAAGUUCGAACAAGGCGUACAAAUCCUAGCAAAAGCUCUCAAGACUGCGCGUGGCUUUGAGAGACAAAAACUCAGUCGACGAGAGAAGACAGCUAAGACAGAGGGUAACCGUCCGACGCUGGUGCGGCUUGCGGAGGAGGUAGACGCAUUGAAGGCUAUCGACUACCCACUCACAGCAGAGCGAUACCUCUUCAAACAGCUCUUAAAGACGAAGCGGAUCGCCGAAUCACCGACAUUCAAAGAAUUUCAAGAAGCCAAGAAUGUAUCGACGGAGGGACCGAAGAGCGAUGCCGAGUCCAAUGUGCACGGUCGACUUUUCAAGUCCACACCAGUCAGGAACGUGAUGCCGGAGAUUAUGAACGGGAUCCGGAAACUGUUGGGCGUGGACGAUGCGCCCACAGGAAAGUCUGGCAAAGCUGAUGCUAAGAAGUAUGCGCACAAGAAAGAAAAACCCGCAGCUAAACUGGAUGACGUCUCCGGCUCAGAGUCUGAGGUUGAGGAACCGAAGAAGCCAAGGAAAUCAUCGACAGACAAGGACCAGGAGCCAAGCUCCGCGGAUGGAGAAAAUCUCAGUGUCUCCCGCGACGAGGACAUUGACAGCGAAGACCUCGCACAAUUCGAUGCCCGCCUAGCCCCAGGCUCAGAUUCCGAGGAACAAUCUGGAUCAGACAAUGACGAUGACAACACGCACAAGCAAGACCUCGCAGACGACAUCUCCGAUUCAAUCUCCCGCUCUCCAUCCCCAGACUACUCCGCCGAGGACUCCCCGCCAUCGAAAAAGACCAAGGGAGCCAAGACCUCCAAGGACCCAGUGCAAAGCACCACAUUCCUUCCCUCACUCAUGAUGGGUGGUUACUGGUCUGGCUCCGAGGAAGAGGCCACAGACGACGAAGCCGCCGCCGGUCCACCCAAGCGCAAGAACCGUAUGGGCCAACAAGCCCGCCGCGCACUCUGGGAGAAGAAGUAUGGUGCUAAAGCGAACCACGUACAGGAGGAGCAAAGGAAACAGAAAUACAGUCGGGAUAGUGGUUGGGAUACUCGCAAGGGAGCGACGGGCGGUGCUGGUGGGCGAGGAGGUGAUCGUGGUGGACGAGGCGGCUUUGGUGCAGGACGUCCCCAGAAUCGGUUUGAUGAUCGCUCCGGCGCGGGCCAAAGUUAUGCAAGCAAGCCCAGGGCUCCUCCGAAGGAUACCGGGCCAUUGCAUCCGUCGUGGGAGGCGAAGCGGAAGCUCAAAGAGCAGGCAUCUACGGCGAAGUUCGAGGGAAAGAAGGUCGUGUUCGAUUAG